CGCGUCACAAGCCAUAUGGGCAAGUUGCUGCAAUUCCGUGAGGUCAGCAGGGGCCUGUGACACAUAGCAUGGAACUUUUCCUGCCACACUUCCCCUCUGCACAUUGCGGGCAAACUUGCACUUGCUGAUCUCAACCCAACCGUCUGGACGCACAUAAACGCAAAACACCCGCUCCUCAGUGCUCACUAUCCCACACCGCUCCAAGUUCUCGAACUCGUUUUCGGAGCAGUUGUCCUUAAUUCCCACUACCCAUCACAAACCCAUCGCCUCCGUUUCCAUCCCCAUUCCCACGCCUCAAUCAUGUCAGACCUAAAAGAAAAGCUCGCCGAGUUCCUUCCCGCGAAAGUCUUCAAGCCCACCAACGCGCAGAUCCUGUUCCCGGAACUGCAUCGUGAAUUGGAGGCCGACCCGUCGCUCGCAAAGAAUCUGCAGGGGUUGUUUAUUGUUACGGUGCUGUUGAAGGGAGUUAAGAGGGAUGAAUGGUACCUCCUCUUCAACGGCCCCAACAAAAAGCCCAUCAUCUCGCAAACCCGCCCAACCCUCCCAGCGUUCACCAAAUCCACCUACCCCGUCGUGCUGGUCGAGAUCGAAGACGCCGAUAUCCUUAACUUCGCAACAGGCGGUCUGCCGGCCAUCAAAGCGUACACGACGCAGCGGGUCAAGAUCGUUGGGGAUUUGAUGCUUGCCCAGCAGUUGGAGGAGGUGUUUGCGAAGGCGGGGGGCCCGGAUAAGGCUGCUGCGUAUUUGCAGAAGGUUAAGGGGAAGAGCUUGGGGAAGAGGAUUAAGGCGAGUCUUUAGGCGUUGGGAUAGCGGAAUUUGUAUGGCACGUCUUGGUCGGUUUAAUCGAAUACCAGUUUGUUUGUUUGCACAUCACAUUGGGUUCAUACGGGCGAAUCAAUGAUGACCUCCGAUGUUGGAAUGAGCCGUGAUUGCAGAGGGGGCAACAUUGGCCUGCUCCUCAGACAUGAAUGAGAAGGACCUUGAGCCGAGGUGCAUCGGUGGUGCGUAGCCUCCUACCCUGUCUGGCAAAAAUCUAUGGAGCCGAUGCCUUUCCUACCAGCAUUUCCAUUAUAAUGUGAGCCAUAGAAGCAGAGCCGAUAAGGACCUGUUUGCUGUAAUGUCUACGACGUAUUUGGUAUACUGCCAUGUCAAGAACCAUAUGAUUUGCUCCCUC